AUGUGCCACUGUUUGUGCCUGACCAGACGACACCAGGAUUGUGGCAAAACUCGGCGCCAGGCCAGAGAACAUGUGACAGUGGAGACACAAGAAGGCCCGUUGAGGGGUGAGCUGUUAGCAACAUACACUGGAAAUCCUAUGUUCAGGUUUCUAGGUAUUCCAUACGCAGAACCACCUGUUGGAGAUCUCCGAUUUCAGACACCAUCGCAGAAUGCUACAAAGAAGGCUGUUAUGGUGUGGAUUCAUGGUGGAUGUUUCACAGAAGGCAGUGGCGAGUCCGCAAAACCGAACUACUUUGUGGACAACGAUGUAAUAGUGGUCAGCAUAAACUAUCGCCUGGGACUGCUUGGUUUCUUAAGCACCGGUGAUGGAGUGGUUCCUGGGAACAUGGGCCUUAAGGACCAGGCAGAGGCCCUUCGCUGGGUACAGAGGAACAUAGAAGCGUUUGGUGGUGACCCAGACAAAGUCACUAUCUUCGGCCAGAGUGCUGGAGGAGCAACCGUUCAUUACCACGUCCUGUCCUCUUCAAGCAAAGGUCUGUUCAAGAACGCUAUAGCAAUGAGUGGAUCAGCCUUAAACCCUUGGGCCUUUUCCAAAAACGCCACAGACAGGGCAAUACGCUAUGCAAAGACUUUGGGAUAUACAGGACAAAGUUCCAGUGAUCUCGUAGAUUUUCUGAUAAAUGUAGAAUUUGGUUCGCUACUGAGUGAUGAAACAAUUGCUCUAUCCGAUGAGGACAGUAAGAGUUUGUUCACUUGCGUCUGGGUACCCAGUGCAGAACCUGAGCACGAGUCUGCAUUUCUAACGGAAGAACCGUGGACUCUGGUUGCCGAAGGACGCUUCACGUAUGUCCCUUACAUGUCUGGUGUCACUGACCUGGAACAGCUCGCACAAGUCAUGAGUCACGGAGUGUUAUCUUCAGAUUCACGAGUGCGAAACUUGGACGAGAACUUUGACGAGAUUGUGGGUUGUGAUCUAAGACUGCCCACGAGGAAAGAACGCUUGGAUGGAGCACUUUCGGUGAAACAGUUUUACUAUAACGGCAGCGAGAUCACUAUGAAAGAAAACUACACUACAGCUCUGUUCGAUUCUCACCUCUUUUUCGUGGAAGGAGUUGACGCCGUCAUCAGGAGCACGGCUCGAUAUUCCUCAGAGCCUGUGUUCUACUACGAGUUCUCGUUCAACGGCCCUCUCAGUUCAUUCCCUGGUGGAAUGGGUUUCUUAAGCACUGGUGAUGAAGUGGUUCCUGGAAACAUAGGUCUAAAGGAUCAGACGGAGGCCCUUCGCUGGGUGCAGAGAAACAUCGCGGCGUUUGACGGCGACCCGCAGCGGGUGACCAUACUCGUCCAAAGCGCCGGAGGAGCAUCCAUUCAGUACCACCUCAUGGCUCCACUGAGCAAAGGAACUCAGCUGAGUGAUACUUCAAUCUCAUCUGCUAUUUCUUCAGCCUAG